AUGACUCGUCUCUACCAUCUCGUCCUUUUUCUCCUCCCUUCAGUUCUGGGAAAUUCUGUCCCCAAGACUUGCAAGGCAUACCCUGGGUCUUCAGACUGGCCCUCUCAUAAAGCAUGGUCCCGUCUCAAUGACACUUUAGACGGGAGACUCUUUGCGCCCGUUCCUCCUGGAGCUGUUUGUCACAAAGGCUGGCCAUCUUAUGAUAAAGAUACUUGUCCCAAGGUCGCUGAAGCCUGGAAGCAUUAUGAUCUUCACACGCAGGAUCCUGUUUCUCUUAUCUACGAUCAGUAUUCGAACUGGACUUGUCUUCCGGAUGAGAGUUAUCCGUGUAGUGGAACUGGAUAUCCUGCUUACGUUAUUAAUGUUACCGAGGCGGAGGAUAUCAAGAUUGGUGUUGACUUUGCUCGGAAAAACAACGUCAGACUCGUUGUCAAGAACACAGGCCACGACUACAUGGGCCGUUCCAUAGCUCCCGGUUCUCUCUCCCUCUGGACCCACCAUCUCAAAAACAUAACCUACCAUAAAGGCUCCUUCAAGCUUUAUAACUCCAAGACUGUUAUCACUGGCGAUGCCGUUACUGCUGGCGCAGGAACCCAGAUGUAUGAUCUCUACACCGUGUUGGACAAGUAUGAUCGUGUAGCUGUUGGCGGUGGUGGAAAGACUGUCGGUUUGGGAGGCUACGUUACCGGCGGCGGCCAUUCUCUCUUGUCGACUAAGCAUGGCCUUGCAGUUGAUCAAGUUCUCCAGAUGACAAUGGUUACACCUUCUGGAAAGAUCUUGACCAUCAAUGAAGAUAAUCAUCCUGACCUCUUUUGGGCCAUGCGAGGAGGCGGCGGUUCAACCUUUGGCAUCCUCACAUCCAUCACAAUGAAAGUCUACAAAACACCCAAAAUCACCGCAUCAGCAUUCACGAUCGGAACUUCCGCAGCCGCCCCCUUCAAAUACGAUCUCCUCGCCUACAUCCUCUCCCAAUUCCCCUCUUUGUCCGACGCCGGUCUUUCAGGCUAUACAUCUCUCAGCCCCAAAACGCCCAACCCCGCCGGCGGCCCGGAAGAAGUAGCAGGGAUCCAAGGUGUUUUUGCGGCACAGGACGUUAACGAUCCAGAGUACAUAAUUAAGCUGUUCAAGCCGAUUAAUGAGAGUAUUCAGAAACGCUGGCCGGGGGCUGUGCAGUUUAGUGCCACGAAGGAAGUGUAUGGCUCGUUUUUGGAGUGGUAUGAUGUUUAUUUUGAUCAGGGUGCUGCGGGGGUGACGCUUUAUCUUGCUUCGAGGUUGGUGAGUGGGGAGGCGUUGGAGGGUGAGAAGAAGUUGAGAGGGGCGUUGGAGGAGAGUUUGGUGUCUGCUGCGGGGUUGAUGGUUCAUUUGAUCGCUGGGAAAGGUGUUAGGGAAGCGAAGCCUAGAGGGGGGAGUGCAGCUGUUAAUCCUGGCUGGAGGAAGAGUUAUAUUCAUGCGAUUUCUGGAGAGUCCUUUGAACCUUUCAACAAGACUUCUAAGGCUGAGGCAGUCAAGACGUUGAAUACAUCCAUGGAGCCAUUUAGGGAGCUGUCGCCAAAUACAGGCGCCUAUGUUAACGAGGCUCUUCCUUUCGAACCAGAUUGGCAGCAUGCCUUUUGGGGUAACAAUUACGAGAAACUUCUGUCGAUCAAGAAGGGUGUUGAUCCUGAUGAUGUUUUGUGGUGUUUUCCUUGUGUUGGAAGUGAGAAGUGGGAACAGAAGGACAAUGGUCGUCUUUGUCGAGUCAAAUGA